AUGCGAAAUCGGGACAGCCUCAACAACAUGAACACGAUUUUGGACAAUUUGGGGCGCAGACAUGGGAAAUUGGAGCUCGUCGGCAAGUUCCGACCCUACUACUGGUCCGUCUUCAUUGAGGCGGUCAUUUUUCAAUUUAGACGUUUUUUGGAAGGAAAUCGAAAAUUCCACGACAAGGACGUCGACGGAGCCAUUAUCGUCUGGAGAUAUCUGCUUCGCGAUGUGAUUCAUCGAAUUAAGGUCGGUUACAUCAAUGACAUCGACCACCGUCUCGGACAACUCGAGUCCGGCUGCCAAUCCCGCAAGAUCAGCCUGGCGGUAGAUGGCUAUGAAGGAGGAUGCCAACGACCUCAAAACGGAUGUGGCUCCAUUCUGCGCCAAGCAACGAUCGAAGACGAUGCUUCGGAUGAUUUCCGCGAGUCCCGUGUCUUGCCUCGACAUCCAUACCAUGGCAGCCAUUCCAUUGACAGCAAUGGGCGGAAGAAGUUUAUCAAGACGUGCUCGUACCCGGAGGGGCCGGAUGAGGUUCAGUAU